UUCUACGUGGUUAGUUUUUCUCGGGAUCGAUCACGAAAAGGGGUCGCUUAUUCGAUGAAAUUUGUGUUAAAUUUUCCAGCAGCUCGGUGUCAAUACGGUGAUAAGUAGGUUAUAGCAAUAAUCGGGUCGACAAACUCAAACACGCGCUUGUUACGGCAUCAAUCCUCUGCCUCCCGGUUUGACCCCAAUGUGAGAAUCUAAUCGCGAACAAGAUCUAGUUGGCUGGUGUUUACAAACUGUGGUGCUGAGAUUGCAAGAUGGCCGACGAAUUAUCGCAACAGAGGCAGCAACAGAUACUGCAAGAGUUAAGCGAGAGUUUAGAGUGUCAUAUUUGUUUGAAGACGACGGACGAUCCGCAUCUUUGUCCGAAGUGUUCGAAGUUCUUCUGUUACGGCUGCAUUCGUGAUUGGUUACAAAAGUCCGGCCGGGAUGUCUGUCCCAACUGUCAGGGUACGGUCUGUCUGGCGGAGUUCGUGAAACUCCGCUGGGAUAGUGGGAUCGAGUCACUGCGGAAUUUAGUUUCGAAACCGGCUACCACUGUCGAAACGGGUAAAAGUCUGGAUGCAGCGCUCCGGAAGGCACAGGAAACCUUUCAAAUCACAACGGAACGAAUUGACCAAACUUUAUCCGGUCGAAAGGAAGCUCUCAAGAAAGCCCGAGAUGAGCUAAUCAAAUCGAUCAACAUGCUGGUGCAGCAGGAGUUUCGUGAGAUCAAUCAACAGUACAACGGUAAGCUGACGGAAGUGGAUGCUUGGAACACGAUCCUGUCGAAGGAACUCGACAAGGUAGAGGUUAGUCUGUGUUCGAUUCAAGUCAGUAGUACCAGCGGGGAAUGUUCGCCGGAAGAGGAACAACAGCUGGAGCAGCAGUGUCAGGUUGUCACCAAGAAGCUGGAACUGCUGGCUCCGAAUGUUCCCGAGUACCGGUUCAGCUGUAAGCUGAUGCCGGCUCCGGCUACGUGGAGAUUCACGGUGAGAAACUUCGGUCAAGCACGCACCGCCAAUCAGGUCCAGUAUUCGGAUCUGGUGCGGGACGAUCUGGGCAAUACCUGGCGACUCGAGAUUCAUCCGAACGGGUUCGACGAUGCACGCAACGUCAGUCUGAGCGUGUUUUUGCAACUUUAUGAAGGAGUGGAAGGAAGGUAUCGCUUCGUCAUUGAACUGCUCCACCGAACUCAUCCGCAUUCGUACGAAGACGAGGACCUUUUCCAGCUUCGCAAGGGUUGGGGCCAAAACCAUUUCGUAGAUUUGAAGCUGCUGUUCGAUGAGUUUUUGGAAAAUGAUUCCUUCGAAUUGCGUUUCUCCGUACGACCGACGGAUCUGAUAGAGAAGUACAACUGCCUGCGAAAGUACGCCGACAAGUUGGAAGGGGACAACUCAGCCCUACGGGAGGAGUGUUCGGUGGACUGCAUCAACGAAGUAUGCUGCAUUAGAAAUGUCACCGAAGCGACUAACACCGGUGCUUGUCUGUACUCGGAUACGUUCCAAGACGAUUUGGGUGGCUCUUGGCGGCUGCAGAUCUUCCCAGGUGGAAAUGGCGAUGUCAAAGGAAUGUUCGCUGGCAUUUUUGUGGAACUCGUGGAAGGAAUUCCAAAUGUGUACGAAUUCUCGGUAGAUCUGAUCAACGAAUCACCGAAAAAAUCCAUCAAGAAAACGUUGGAACACAACUUUCAACCGUGGAUGCCGUUCGGUUGGAAAAAUUUUGUCUCUCGAGAGGACCUGCUGACGGGAGGUUUCGUCAAGAAGGACGCCCUGAUGAUCCGGCUCACCGUGCGACCACCCACCGUUGGACAGAAGUUCAGCUACCUGCGCCAGUAUCACGACAAAACCGUGCGGGAUCUUGCCCAAGCUCAAUCGAAACCGUCCACGUCACUUCUGAACAACAAAACCUUCGAGGCUCCGAUCAGCUUUUUCAAGAAAAUACUUCCGAGAACACCCAGCCAGGAGCAAGCUCCCUCCACCGGUCAGUUGAAGUGAGAAUCGUGCCAGUGUAAAACCCACGCAACUGGAACAAAACACUUGUCCUGUCAAA